UUUUUUUUUCUUUUCUCUCUACUUUUUUUUUUUAUAUCUAUCGAUUGAUCAUGUCAUUGAAGUUAUUCACACAAUCUUUAUUAGGUAAAUGGACUAGUCCUUUAUUACCUGGACGACAAGUAGCUGCUGCUUUUCAUACUAGUUUGAUACAUCAACAAGCUGCUACUUCUACCACCACUACUGAACCAACUUGGUCUCCCAAUUCUAUACGAACUGGUGUUAUUGCAAAGAAGAAGGGUAUGACAUCUACUUGGACUGCCGAAGGUGUACGUAUUCCCGUUACUAUUUUACAGCUGGAAGAUGUGAUUGUGACUGACGUACGUAAUGACAACAAACAUGGUUAUACUGCUUUACAAGUAGGUUGCAGUCCUUUGAAAGAAAAAAGUGCUAGUAAACCUAUGAAAGAACAUUUCAACAAACUCGGUGUUCCUUUACGACAAAAACUCUUGGAAUUUCGUGUAUCUAAUGAUGCUGUUUUGCCCAUUGGUACUCCUCUGAAAGCCAACCAUUAUAUUGUCGGUCAAUAUGUAGAUGUUACUGCUCCUUCUAUUGGUAAAGGGUUUGCUGGUGUGAUGAAACGAUGGAAUUUUGGUGGUUUACCUGCUUCUCAUGGUCAUUCCUUGUCACAUCGUUCUGCUGGUUCUACUGGUCAACGCAAGUGGCCUAGUAAAGUGUUCAAAGGAAAGAAAAUGGCUGGUCGAUUGGGUGGUGAAAGUGUAACGGUACAAAACUUGGAAGUGAUCAAGGUAGAUACUGAAUUGGAUCUAUUAUAUAUCAAGGGUUCUGUACCUGGUUUUGAUGAUCAAUUUGUCAAAAUCAAGGAUGCUGUCAAGAAGAAAGGCGAUAAAUUAUUCCCCAAGGAUUCUGCCCCUCCUCCUUUCCCUACUGCCAUUCAACAAUAGAAUUUACCUCCCUAUCUCUUUCUCCAAUUUUGUGUCAUAGAUUUUUUUUUUAUUCUUUUUAUAUUAUUAUUAUCUUACAUAUCUUUUUUAUACAUAUAUAAUAAAAAAAAAAAUACAUACAGUGUUUUCAAAG